UGAUCUGAGUCACAACUGGCUUAGAGGUUCCCUCCCGGCUUCCUUGGGCAACCUCUCUUCUCUUGUGCACUUGAAUCUCGAGAGAAAUGGGCUUUCAGGCCCCAUACCAGAGGCAAUCGGCAACCUAAAACACCUGCAGAAGUUCUACUUUGCAAACAACCAGCUGGUAGGGCCGCUGCCAGCCAUCCACCGCAUGGCGCACCUCCAAUACCUGCACGCUGAAGAAAACUACCUCAAAGCCACAGCAAACCCACUCCCUCAAUGCCCCGCCACUUCCACUCCCUGCAACGGCACCUCCGGAUGCCCCGUCUUGUACGUCUACAAGAACUGCCUUGCAAGCGAACCGAUCGGGUGCAACUAUGAGAUGCAGCAGGGCUGCCUUACCACCCGCGGGGUCUUCUGCAGGGAGUUCCAGCCCCAGAGGAGUGCCAGCGAGUGCCGGUCGUUCUGUGGGGCGCAGCCGCUCACCCCGCCGUGCAGUGGCCAUGGCGUGUGCUUCAUUGUGCCUCACCCCUCUUCGGACCUGCCUGUGUGUAAGGAUGAGCACCCGCCGUCGUUCUGCAACCCCAAUGAAGGGAGGGCGGAGUGCACCUGUGAUGAGGGGUACACGCCAGGGACUGCUGCUGGCACUUGUGUCCCUCAAGGAAUCGCCUCUGAUCUCUCGGGAUUCCAGCCACUGUAUAACCUGCUGCUGCCGCAGCUUCUCCCACUCGCCGUGCUGCUGCUGCUUCUGCUCUUUCUGCUGGCACUGUUGCCAAGGCGCAUCAACCUCCGACCCACCCUUUCCCCCCCCACACGCUACUUCUUUUCAAAGAGAGCCCUUGCUGCCCGGCAAGCUGCUAGUGGAGUGUAG